GCGAAAUAUGUAAAAGGUUACUUAGGAAGCUUAUGCAUGCUACAUCUGGGGGUAUCCUUGAUAAGGCUAUUGAAGCAGAGGACAGGAAGCAUGGCGACUUUCUGAGACUGGAGCAUUUUGAGGGCUACCUUGAAUUGUCAGCCAAGACAAAGAUAUACUUUGCCACCGCUGUUGCUUUAUGGGAUGCAGAUUUCUAUGUCAAAGUGGAUGAUGAUGUGCAUGUAAACAUAGCAACACUUGGGGCAACUUUGGCUAGACAUCGGUCCAACCCCAGGGUCUAUAUUGGUUGCAUGAAAUCUGGUCCAGUUCUUGCUCAGAAGGGAGUGAGAUACCAUGAACCUGAGUAUUGGAAAUUUGGAGAGGAGGGAAACAAGUAUUUCCGUCAUGCUACAGGGCAGCUAUAUGCUAUAUCUAGAGAUUUGGCUUCUUACAUAUCGAUUAACCAGCAUGUGCUGCACAAGUAUGCCAAUGAAGAUGUUUCACUAGGAUCCUGGUUUAUUGGAUUGGACAUGGAGCAUAUAGAUGACCGUAGACUGUGCUGUGGUACAGCAGAUUGUGAGUGGAAGGCUCAGGCAGGGAAUGUCUGUGUUGCCUCAUUUGAUUGGACCUGUAGUGGGAUCUGCAAAUCAGUCAAGAGGAUGAAGGAUGUUCACCGAGGGGGGAUGCAUGUAGGUGGGCCAAAAAAAGAGAGGAAACACCCAGAUUUCUCGAGCUGGUUCGAGCAAUUUGUAUACAGAAAAUGAAUGUAAUUUCAAAAUGUAAGACAACAUAGAAUCGGGAGGGAGAAAGGUUCAUGCAGCCUAAGUUUCUUCUCCAUUUUGUAGGAGGAAGAGACCCCAAUAGCUGUAGUAAUGAGAGAGAGUGUGUUUGUAAUUAGCCAUUCUUCAAUUGCUUCCAGUGGGGCAUUUUGUAUGUCAACUCCACAAUAAGUGCCGAUAUUUGUG